AUGUCUGGGAAAUUGAAUGGGGUGAAAAAAUUAAUUGAAAAUGUUCAGCCAAAAAGUUGUUUUGUACACUGUAGUAAUCAUUCACUGGAUUUAGCAUUACAAGAAGUUGCAAGAAAAAAUAGUGCUAUGUGUGAUACCUUCACUAUGGUCAGAGAUGUAUCAAAUGCUAUUCUUGAAUCUGCUAAGAGAAAAAGUAUCUAUGAAAAUAUAGUAUUAGAGCCAUGUUACAAUUCCUCUGAAUUGGGUAGUGUAAAACAAAAUCUACUUCCAUUUUGUCCUACUAGAUGGUCUGUAAGGGUUAAAAGUUUAUCAAGAUUUUUAGAUAACUAUAGCAGAGUUCAAAAAACAUUAGAUGAAAUGCUUUCAGGGAGUGUUUGUAUAGCAGAUGAUAGAAAAUUCACACUUAGAGGAUAUGUGAAAAAAUUAAAAAAAUUAAAAACAAUUUUUUUUUUAACUAUUGCAAUACAUAUUUUUGGUCCUGUAGAACAAUUAGCAAAAGUAUUACAAAAUCCUAAAUUUUGCGCAUCAGAUUCAAUUAAAGCUGCAGAUACAUUAAAGAAAACAUUACUAUCAUUCAGAAGUAAUGAAUAUUUUGAAAAGAUAUUAAAUACCGUGAAUUUAAAUGCUGAAAUAUAUGAAUUAGAACCACUUGAUGACACUAAGCGUAUAAAAAAAACACCAAAACGACUUCAAUAUACAAGUAACCCUCCUACAAAAUUAUCACCAAUAUGUGAAUUGAAGAAAGAUAUGUUUGAAAUAAUUGACUAUUUGAUAAAUGAAAUUGAUAGGCGUUUUAAUCAACAAGGUCUAAAAAACUUGGUUAAAUUAGAACACAUACUUGUAGAUCAAAACACAAGAACUCACCAAGAACUUACUAAUUGUUUAAAUAAUAUGAGUGAGGAUUUUGACAUUAAUAAACUCCAUGCCCAGCUUAUUAUGUUACCGUCUAUAGUAUCUAUCACUAGUAUUUCAGAUAUUAUAAAUCAUUUGAGAAAUGAAUAUUCAAAUGUAAAAGAUUCUUUGUUUUCUGAAAUCACCAAGCUUAUUAAAUUAAUUUUAACAAUACCAGCAUCUGCAGCGACUGCUGAACGUUCUUUUAGUGCAUUGAGAAGACUAAAAACAUAUCUGAGGUCCACAAUGACCCAAAAGAGAUUAACUCAUACGAUGAUUUUACACGUUCAUAAGUCUAUGACAGCAAAAAUUGAUUUGAAGUUAAUUGCCAAAGAAUUUGUUUCCAGAACUUCAGAAAGGAAAUCAACAUUUGGAAAUUUUUAUUAA